AUGUCCAAAACAACACUGGCGAUCGUGGCAGCUGCCUCAGCCGCCGCGGGAGCGUCGUUGAGCGCAAUUGUCUUCUCACGACCUAAAGAGUCAAGACUGCCACCCACUACCACCGCGCCAUUCCCUUCUACUCCCACAGUGCCACCCCCGCCUUCUCCAUCGUACCCUAGCAUCCCCGCUACUCCUACCACACCCUCAACUUUGGUGUCGCCUGUCAACCCGCAGGGUAUCCUACAGUAUGGAUUUCCUGGACCCAUAUCCGACUCGCUGUCCACACCUUCACACCUGACAUCGUUCAACCGCUUUACACGCAAUCCACACUGGGUAGCUGAGCAUUUUACACCUCAAUCUCUGAUGCUGAAAAACGCCGAUCGUAGGCAUAGCGUCUUCUUUGAGGAUCCUACAGUCCCACCCAUGUUCCGAGCCAAACUAUCAGACUACGCACGAAGUGGAUACGACCGGGGACAUCAGGUUCCAGCUGCGGAUGCUAAAUGGUCGCAAGAAGCGAUGGACUCAACUUUUACUCUUACCAAUAUGUGCCCCCAGGUUGGCGACGGGUUCAACCGCGAUUACUGGGCCCAUUUCGAGGAGUUCUGCAGAGGCCUUGCCAAGAGAUACCCAAGCGUUCGCGUUGUCACGGGUCCUCUGUAUCUUCCCAAACGUGACGAGAGAGACGGCAAGUGGCGGGUUUCAUACGAAGUCAUCGGCAGUCCACCAAAUGUAGCCGUUCCGACUCACUUCUACAAGGUCAUCUUCGGCGAGGAGUCUCCCCACAGUCCUACAGGUCGAGUCGCUCUGGCCGCCUUUGUACUUCCAAAUGCCCCAAUCCCCAAUCAAAAAAGCUUGACUGAGUUCGAGGUUCCGGUCGAAGCUGUCGAACGAGCCAGUGGCUUGACGUUCGCCGAUCGACUGCCUGCAGAACGACGAAGGCGUCUUUGCCAGGAGAUCAAUUGCCAGAUCCUCGUACGUGAAUUUGACAAAUCACGCCAGCAGGGAACUCUAGUGAAUGCUGGACAACAGACCGCGGGCCAGGUCGUCGAACAGCGUAAGAAGUGGUAG